GAACUCACUGUUCUCCUUGAGCUGGCUCCGCGAUGGAGAAAGAUUAAAUUUAUUAUUAGGUUAUUUGCUGCUGAAUGUGUAAAUAGUGAAUAAUGGCUACAAAGGGGCUGUAUUACACGCCUCCGGGGACGGACGGCACAGACCACGCUUUCAGGCAGCGAGUGGCACCCCAGUAUGCUUUAAGUGCUUUAAAUAAAUCGAGACUCAAGUAUUGUAUAUUCUUUCACUACCUGCUGUUUUUCGCAAUGCUGGCGAAACUAUCGGCUGACAUCCUAGACAAAUUAGAUAUAUUCAUUUUAGAAAUUGAAGAACUUAGCAUUCCUCAGCCUCUUUGGUGGGAAUACAUUUGGUGCGUUAGUUUGCUGCUCUCUUUCUUGGGUUUAACCGCAAUUAAGGAAAACCGGGUUUCGUUAAUGAAACAGUACGUGGCGGGGUUGUGUCUUUUUGGGUUUUUGCCAUUGUUCUAUGCCAUUAUUUACUAUUUUGGGGAUGUAUGGACUUAUCUUACUUCAGACGAUGAGGACGAAUUAGAAGAAAUUCACAUUUGGCAAGGCUACCCUUAUGGAUUGUUGUGGUAUGCAUUUAUUUUAUUGGCUCUUCAAGUCCACAUGUUUUCUGUUUACUUUGCUUGGAAGUUGAUAACUGCCUGGUCGAAAGGCACUAAAAAGUCUUAAAUACUUGACAAUCUCAGUCAAUUGAAAAAGACAAUGUUUCAUCAGUUCAGAUUGUUACAAAUACACUUGUGUUCAUGUUGUCUGUUUUACAGUGAAAUCACUCUAAAUGGAAAGUUUAUUUUUGUUGCAAAAGCUUGUGUAUCCUUAGAAUAAAAGUGAAACUUCGUUUUUGUUAAGAAAAUGUAUGAUUAUUGAUUAAGUAAUGCUUGUUACAUUGUUUCAUUUGCAUAGGUAUAUGUAUGUAAAUGUAGUAGGAAAAAGAGCAAAUACACUGUCUUUUGUAUAGAAUAUAUUAUAUCAAACGCGACUUUGAUAGCACCUUCUACAAAUAACUCGACUUUUUGAUUGUAUAUACAGUUGUCUUUUUAUAUGAAUAUUGUACGGAAGUAACUAAUUGCAAUAAAAAAAGACUUGGUGUAACAUGAAUUUUGAAUGGUUUGGAGAUUUCACUGUAUUUUGUUCAAUACAUUUCAUUGUUCUUGAUUUUGUAAAUUUUGGAAGUAAGUAUUUAUGGAAAGAUGUGAUUGUUGCAAUAUUUUCCUAAUAAUAAAUAUAUUUUUAAAUUA